AUGUCUCAACCAGCGUCACCCUACCCCAUACAUCCCUCAUUUUACUCAACGCCUACAACGAUGAAUCCAGCUCUAAAUCCAGAUACCCCUCCUCUACCACCGCCAAAACCCAGCGGUCAUGAAGCAAGCCGUGGAGGCACCCCUCUAAAUAUGUCAAUGCCGCCCUCGCAUCAAUCAACGCCUACUGGCUACCGACCAGAUAACCAGCUAGUCGGAGCACAGCAAUCUCCUUAUCCCCAACCCAAACAUAUCCCACCACCACCUACUAUUGAAGAGGGAUGGCUACCAGGGGGCGUGAAAGACAAAUCAACGAUGGAUCUUCAAUCAAUUUUAAAAGACCCAAGUCUCAUAUCAGCAUUCUCAAGCCAACACCCCUCUCAUAUAGCCUCUCAAGAAAAUCUUGAGUCCCUCGUCCAAAUAAACAAGGAAUUGGCAACAAGACUGCUUGAACUGCAAAAUCAUGUCGCUGAGCUCCGCUCCUCUACAGAAUCAAUGCUUCUCACCCAUCAAUCUCUGGAAGUCUCUUGGCGCAAGAAGCAGACUGAGAUGGACUCCGCCUUGGCACCAUGGUCGCCUAAGGCUUUGUACCAACGGUUAAGCGCAGGUAUCUCGGAGCAAGAAGCCAUUUGUCAUGCAGUAGAAGAGAGUUUCAUCGAUGAGGAUCAUCAUAGCCGGGUGACGGAAAAAGAGAUUACAGACUGGGUACGGCGCAUUCGAGCCGAGGCUUCAAAAUUGGCGGCAAGGAAGGAGGCCAAGGCUAGAUGGGAUGAGGGCCGAGUAGGUGGUUGGCGCUAG